UGCUGCUGCUACUUAUUUUAUCAAUCCCUCAAAGGUUGGAAUAACGAAAUCGAUCAUCCAGUAUGAUUUGAACUUAAAACGGAACGGAGACAUAACGAAACGUGCAACAAAAAAAUAUGUGCUAGUUUCAUAAACAUCACCAUUCAGACAAUUCAUGUGGAACGAGUGAAAAAGAAGUACGGUUGAACAGACGUGCUACAAUAUCUUGAUUACUCGGUUUCUUUGAUAGACGGAAACUGAAAGAAGCCCGUUGUAUAUAUGUAUGUGUGUCUGUGUUUGUUCCCACCCCCAACAUCACUUGACAACCGAUGCUGGUGUGUUUAUGUCCCCGUGACUUAGCGGUUCGGCAAAAGCGAUCGAUAGAAUAAGUACUAGGCUUACAAAGAAUAAGUCCUGGGGUCGAUUUGCUCGACUAAAGGCGGUGCUCCAGCAUGACCGCAGUCAAAUGACUGAAACAAGUUAAAGAGUAAAAGACUAUAUGUGCACUCGCUCGCACAUUCACUAGUUUACCUAAAACAAGUUAACACAAAUUAGGCUUAGAUGACGCAUAUUGUAUUCCAUAGUUUUCUAGCUAAGUUAAACAUGAUUGAGUUUGAAAAUGCUCGUCAAAAUGCAUGCCACGGGCAGGGAAAUUGUUAUAGCGGCAUCAAUUGCAUUUGUCAUAGGUGUUGUAGUCGGAUACAGAUUAAAAACUUUACGUGUAAGCUAUUUGAAGAGAGUGAAAAGCUUUUAUGAUAAAAAGGCUGCUAAAAUUCAGAAAAAAAUCGAAGAAGAAACUGGUACGAAUUGUUUUGAAGACCCUUCGACUCAAUCAAAAGCAGCACAAAUGCCCGUCUAAGUUUAAAUAUAUCUAAAAUAUUUUUUUUAAAAACUGUCUGUUUUUACAAAUAAUUAUAUUUAGAAAUCGAUUUUUAUUCAAUAUCAUUAAGUACUCAGAAACUGGCAAAGUAGAAAACAAGAAGAGACAGGCUGAAAUAUGAAUGAUAUAAAGCCCAUUAUAGCCGUCCAUGGUGGAGCUUGGGCUAUACCCGAUGAUAUGUCUGAAAGAAGUGUAGAAGGAGUAAAACAUGCUGCUAAUUUGGGAUUUAUGAAAUUAAAGCAAAAUGGAAGUGCAAUAGAUGCUGUUGUGACUGCUGUGACAAGUCUUGAGAAUGAUCCUGUCUUUGAUGCUGGCACCGGAUCUGUGCUUAACAGCAUUGGUGAAGUUGAAAUGGACGCAAUGAUUAUGGAAGGUUCUACUCUAAACAGUGGUGCUGUUGCUUGUGUGCAGAACAUUGCUAACCCUAUACAACUAGCUCAGAUUGUUAUGGAAAGGACUGAUCAUGUGUUGUUAGUGGGUAGAGGAGCUAAUGCUUUUGCUGAAGAGCAUGGUGUAUCUACUGUCCCAACUGAGGUUUUAGUUACAGAAAGUGCUAAAAAGGAAUGGCAAACUUAUAUGGAAUUUAAGAGCACGAUUCAAAAUCUAUUUCAUUCAUCAAAACAAGUUGAAGGCCACAAUACUGUCGGUGCCAUUGCACUAGAUAAGUUUGGUAAUCUAGCAUGUGGUACAUCCACUGGUGGUAUCACAGCCAAAAGACUUGGAAGAGUUGGUGACAGUCCCAUAAUAGGUUCUGGUGGAUAUGCUGAUAAUAACAUAGGUGCAGUUUCAACAACUGGUCAUGGAGAAGCUAUAUCAAAAGUAUGUCUUGCUAAACAUAUCAUCCAUCUUUUGGAACAAGGAUUUGAUCCAGAUGCAGCAGCCAAAGAAGCCAUUAAUUUUAUGUUGAACAGAGUUAAUGGUUGCGGUGGAGCUAUAGUUUUAAAUAAAAUGGGACAAGUUGCUGUCAAUUUUAGUACUGAACGAAUGGCUUGGGCUUGGCAAAAUGAACUUGCUCUACAUUUUGGAUUGAAUCCAACAGAACACUUCACGGAAGCUUUGAAAUUUUGACUGUUUGAAAACCCUUGAAUAUUUUGUAACAAAUAUUUCGCAGUAUAUACAUAUUCUAUCAACAUCUACAUCUUGUCAUAGAGUUAUCAGCUAAUUCACAAGGGAUAUAUAUUUCGUGUGCUAAGAUGUUUUUAUAAACCCUAACAAACUACAUACAUUACCUCAAAAAAAAUGAAAUAAAAUUAAUUCAAAUAUAUUUCUUAAUAAAAUUAGUUUUAUUUUUCAGAUUGUGACUUUAAAAUAUGGUCUUUCUUGAUGAAUUCUUUUUUUUUUUUAAGUCCCACAUCAAAAAGGCUUUGUAAUAUUAAUCAGGAAUGUGGUGGUGAACUGGCAGAAUUGUUAGCACACCGGACAAAACGCUUAGCAGUAUCUCAUCCAUCUUUAUGUUCCGAGUUCAAAUUCCAACUUUGCCUUUUGAGGUCAAUAAAAAUGAGUACCAGUUGAGCACUUCAGUCAAUGUAAUCAACUUGUUCCCUCUCUUGAAUUUGCUGGCCUUGUGCCAAAAUUCGAGACUAUUAUAAAUCAGGAAUCACCUUCAGAAAGUGUAACUUGUCUCUUGCAGUAAAACAUUACAUUAAAUGUGGCUCUGUAAGCAUGAAUAAGAAUACCAGUGUGAAGGAAUCAUUUGCAAAGAAUUUUCUGGAUUUAGAUCUAUAUGUUCAAGUUAUUUCCCAAAAUGUCACAAUGGUAAUGCUUUUGAAUGACAACCAUGGCCAAUAGGAAUGAUGAGUGGGAAGGAAAAUUUCCAGAUAAAUAAUAUCUAAUUAGUAAUAAUUAAUCGAAAUUGCAUGACAAUCCCAUGGGUUGGACAAUUUGACAGGAGCUGGCAAAGCAAGGAGCCGUACCAGGUUCCAUUGUCUCCCUUGGCAUGGUUAACACAGCUAAAUGUCUCCCUUCCUGACACCUACCACUUUACAGUAUACUGGUUUUUGUGACACCAUGCAAACAAGUGACUGAAACAGUAUUAAAUUGGCCAUAAAAAAAAAAAAGUAGCAAAUCACACUCAGAGUAUUUGGAUUGUUGAAGUGUCUACCGGUAUGGCUGUGAGUUUAAAUCUUUAUAAAAAUCCCACUUGUAUGCCAAAUUCCUUGCAGCCAUGCAAUAUGUACAUUUGUUAGCAUAUAAGACAAACAUUUUUCCAAAAAUGUCUCAGGAAAAAAAAUUUUUUUUAAUACUACCUUGGAUAUAAGUUGGGCCUAAUGCACUAAAAGUUUUUUCCUGAACAAGCACUGCUGAAAUAGGGAUGUCUCUUAUAUGCCUGUGCAUUUUUAUGCCAUCAAAUAUGGUAUACAGCAAGUGAGGAAAUAAUCGGUUUCAGUUGUUUUCUGUUCAAAAGUCUUCUAUUAUUUUCACACUUGAUAAAAUAUUGUAAAGGAAUCAGAAAAUAUGCAUGACAGAAUCACAUGAACAACUUUUAGGUAAACAUGGAAUCGUUAUAAUUUAAUGCCUGUGUUUUCCAUGCUGGCAUGGGUUUGGACGAUAUGAGAAGAUGCCUUUCCUCUCAUCAACUCUCAUCUGUUUUUAAGCAAAAUAAUAUUCCCCAUUGUCAGGUGUAUUUUCACAGAAGAUUGGAAUUGAAAGACGCAGCUUGUAUGACAGCGACACCUGGUACUCAAAAGAAUCAUACUAUGUCAAGACAAGGAUUAAAUUUUAGUGAGACUUAAUUUCAUUACCACUCUUUCCAUGUUAUAUUUCAAUGUAAAUUACAUCAAAAUAAUUUGUAAUUUAUUCCAUGGCUAAUAAAGAACUUAUUUUCAUUUAAAA